GGGGCUCAGGCCGCCGCCGACAGGUGUUGGCUGCCACCACCGAGGACACCAUGAGCCAGUCUGGGUCCCUGAGCUGCUGCCCCGGUGCCGCCAAUGGCAGCCUGGGCCGGUCGGAGGGUGUGGCCAAGAUGAGCCCCAAGGACCUGUUUGAGCAGAGGAAGAAGUACUCCAACUCCAACGUCAUCAUGCACGAGACCUCCCAGUACCACGUCCAGCACUUGGCCACCUUUAUCAUGGACAACAGCGAGGCCAUCGUGUCCGUGGAUGACGCCAUCCGGAAGCUGGUGCAGCUGAGCUCCAAGGAGAAGAUCUGGACGCAGGAGAUGCUGCUGCAAGUGAACGACAAGUCGCUGCGGCUGCUGGACAUCGAGUCUCAGGAGGAGCUGGAGAACUUCCCCCUGCCCACGGUGCAGCACAGCCAGACGGUGCUCAACCAGCUGCGCUACCCCUCCGUGCUGCUGCUGGUGUGCCAGGACCCCGAGCAGAGCAAGCCCGACGUGCACUUCUUCCACUGCGACGAGGUGGAGGCAGAGCUGGUGCAGGAGGACAUCGAGAGCGCGCUGGCCGACUGCAGGCUGGGCAAGAAGAUGCGGCCACAGACGCUGAAGGGACACCAGGAGAAGCUUCGGCAGCGGCAGUCCAUCCUGCCCCCGCCCCAGGCCCUGGCCCCCAUCCCCUUCCAGCGCCACAAGGACUCGGCUUCUGCCAAGAACCGGGUGGGCCUGCCAGAGCUGCUCAGCGAGCCAGGCUUCCGCCGCCGGGAGUCGCUGGACGAGGAGCCGCCGCGGGCCGUGCUGGCUCAGAAGAUAGAGAAGGAGACGCAAAUCCUCAACUGCGCCCUGGACGACAUCGAGUGGUUCGUGGCGCGGCUGCAGAAGGCGGCCGAGGCGUUCAGGCAGCUCAACCAGCGGAAGAAGGGCAAGAAGAAGGGCAGGAAGGGGCCGGCAGAGGGCGUCCUCACGCUGCGAGCCCGGCCCCCCCCUGAGAGCGAGUUUGUGGACUGUUUCCAGAAAACCAAGCUGGCCAUCAACCUGCUGGCCAAGCUGCAGAAGCACAUCCAGAACCCCAGCGCGGCCGAGCUCGUGCACUUCCUCUUCGGGCCUCUGGACCUGAUCGUCAACACCUGCGGUAGCCCGAACAUCGCGCGCUCCGUCUCCAGCCCCCUGCUUUCCCGAGACGCCGUGGGCUUCCUGCGCGGCCACCUGAUCCCCAAGGAGAUGCAGUUGUGGGAGUCGCUGGGGGAGACCUGGACGCGGCCCCGCGCCGAGUGGCCACAGGAGCCGCAGGUGCCCCUCUACGUGCCCAAGUUCCACAGCGGCUGGGACCGCCUGGAAACGGCUGCGGGAGGCCCCUGGGAGGCCACAGCCCCGGCCAAGCAAGGCAGCCCGUGCCGGAGACUGUCCUUACGAAACUCCCAGAAGCACGGCCAUGCUUUGGAGCCCACAGCCCCAGGGGACCCUCUACCACCAGUCAGCGCCCCACACACUCACAGGGGCUACCAGCCAACACCAGCCAUGGCCAAGUACGUCAAAAUCCUCUACGACUUCACGGCCCACAAUGCCAAUGAGUUGUCGGUGCUCAAGGAUGAGGUGCUGGAGGUGCUGGAGGACGGGCGGCAGUGGUGGAAGCUGCGCAACCGCAGCGGCCAGGCGGGCUACGUGCCCAGCAACAUCCUGGACGAGGUGCGGCCCGAGGACGCGGGCGCCGCCCUGGAGCAGGCCAGUCCGAAAUACUGGGGCCCCGCCAGCCCGACCCACAAGCUGCCCCCGACCUUCGCGGGGAACAAGGACGAGCUGAUGCAACAGAUGGACGAGGUCAACGACGAGCUGGUCAAGAAAAUCAACUACAUCAAGGCGAAGCCGGCCGGGCAACCGCGCGUGGAUCGCGCUCCGCCCGCGCGCCCGCCACUGUCCUACGAGUCGGGCCCCGGCGAGGUCCGCGCCUGGCUGGACGCCAAGGCCUUCAGCGCCGGGACCGUGGAGAACCUGGGCAUCCUGACCGGGCCGCAGCUCUUCUCGCUCAGCAAGGCCGAGCUGAGGAAGGUGUGCGGGGAGGAGGGCGCCCGCGUGUACAGCCAGCUCACCGUGCAGAAGGCUCUGCUGGAGAAUCAGCAGAGCGGGUCGGAGCUGGAGGAACUCAUGAGCAAGUUUUAUUCCAAGAACCAGAGGAGGGCGGAGGACAGCUAGACCUCGCGGCCCCGCAGCGCCUCGGCAGGCAGCGGGGAGGCCACGCCUGCAGCGGCCCUUCGGCGCGUGGAGUAUUAUUUUUAUAUGUGUAUGUAUUUUGUACCAAGGACGCGGAUGGGCUGUGGGGCCGGGCGGGGGCCCCCGCACCUGCCUGGCCCAGGGGUACCCGGCGCCCCAGCCCACAGCAAGGCGGACCUCAGCCAAACCCAGGCCCCUCGGUGCCAGCCCCGCAUCUGCCUGCUCUGAGGCCGCAGAACUCCCCAGGCGGGGCGGGGCCUCCUCCUCUGUGAUGCCCCCCUGUCUUCACCUGCUCCCACGUCUACCUGUACCCAGCUGCACCCCCACACCCCAGAGCAGGCCAGAGCUCCCACCCGGCUGGGCUGGUGACCUGGGCUUCAGAGGUGGCCUCCACACCCACCCCUUGUGCUGCGGCUCCCCAGGGGCACUGGGGCUCCAGGACACGAAGCCCUGGGCGCCAUGCUGGGAUGGGGACACACGCUCACCCCUCCCCCGUCAGGGACACAAGCGCGGGCAUCAGACACCCCCACCGCCCACCCCACGGAGCCCGCCCCAGGAACCCUCUCUGACCAAGUCCUAGGCCAGCUGAGCCCUGCGACCUAUGCGGGGGAGGGGGGGCCGGGGUGUCUUUGCGCGCUGGACCGGGAGCCGCCCCCCAGAGCUGAGAGGUGGCGGAGGCUCCACAGCUAUGGUAUUAAACCGGUCGUCUCCUA